UGCAGCGGCAGCGGCCCCGCUUCCCCCGCGGGACUGCGCGGGGGACCCGGUCCCGCCCCGGGGGCGGUCGGGGGCGGCCGGCCCGUCCCCUUUAAGCGGCGCGGCGGAGGGUCCCGCCCGCUCAUUUCCGAGCACGCAGGAAGUGCAGGCGGGCUCCGCGCCGGCCCGCGCGGUUCUGUCUUCAUUUUGCUGACUCAAACCACAGAUUCCAAGGAAAGGAGGGAAAGUGGAAUAAAAUACUCAAGUGCCAGAGGAAAAGCAAGACUAGCCAAUGAAAAUUAUUAUUACUAAACUGUAGAUUGCUCUCACACAUAGUGCGGGGGGGGGGGAAAUUGCUGUCUGUUCAAAGCUUACAAAAGUACUUUUGCAGAUUUCCUUCACAAAACUUCAAAUAAGCUAGGCCCCUUCAACUAGGGCUGAAUUAGGAAAUGGAAAUAUGAUUCCUUGCUGGUGUCUUCCAUCUUCCUCUGCCUUUGAAGGUUUUUUUUGUUUGGGGUAGGAAAUCCUGAACAAAUUGUAUGGCGUCAGCCAGACUAACAGUUGAUGGUUAUGGAUGACACGGGAACUUCAGAUUUACAUCUCUGCAAUGACACCUGAUUAAGGCGAAGCUUGAGAGCUGCUCAUCUGCCAUGUUACUGGAACUUGUAGUAGCUAUUGUGUUUUCUCUCUAAGAUUUGAAGUCUGGGGUGAUGUCCCCUGGAAAGCAAGAGCAAAUAAAUAAUCUUUUAGAAUUGGAAGCAGAAAUAAUAUGAGAAUGCCCAGAAGAGGCUUAGUAAUUCAAGCCAGGACUCGUUGGCUAUUGGUGGGCCUUGCUUUACUAUUCAGUUUAGUAUUGCUCAUGUAUUUGCUGGAGUGUGCUCCACAAACAGAUGGCAAUGGAUCUCUGCCUGGUGUUGUAGGUGAAAGCAUGGGUAAAGAAUACUAUCAAGCUCUCUUGCAGGAGCAAGAAGAGCAUUAUCAAAACAGGGCUACCAGUCUGAAACGUCAGAUUGCCCAGCUAAAGCAAGAGCUUCAGGAAAUGAGUGACAAAUUGAAGUCUCUGCAGGAAAAAAAGAGCCCGAAGGUCAAUGGUAUGAACUACCAGGGCACCAAAGAACAAACAUCCAAUGAUCUCCUAGAGUUUCUUCAUUCCCAGAUUGACAAAGCUGAGGUGAGCGUGGGGGCCAAACUGCCUAGUGAGUAUGGAGUCAUUCCUUUUGAAAGCUUUACAUCCAUGAAAGUAUUCCAGUUGGAGAUGGGGCUCACUCGGCAUCCAGAAGAGAAACCCGUUAGAAAGGAUAAACGAGAUGAAUUGGUGGAAGUUAUCGAGGCUGGCCUAGAAGUUAUCAAUAAUCCAGAUGAAGAAGAUGGACAAGAUGAAGACGAUGGAGUAGGAGACAGGCAGUUGUAUAGUGAAAACGAUUUUGUAGAAGGUUACUAUCGUACAGAAAGAGAUAAGGGGACACAGUAUGAGCUGUUUUAUAAGAAGAUGGAUGGCAUGGAGUACAGGCAUGUCACCUUGUUCCGACCUUUUGGACCCCUCAUGAAAGUGAAGAGUGAAACAGUCGAUAUUUCUAGAUCGAUCAUUAACGUUAUUGUUCCUCUUGCUGGAAGAACUGAGGCUUUUGCACAAUUUAUGCAAAACUUUAGGGAUGUGUGUAUUCAUCAAGAUAAGCGUGUUCACCUCACAGUGGUGUACUUUGGUCAAGAUGGUCUAUCAGAAGUAAAAAGCAUCCUUGAAUCUGUAGCUAGAGAAACUGACUUCAACAAUUACACGCUUGUCUCUCUGAAUGAGGAAUUCAACCGAGGCCGAGGACUUGACAUGGGUGCCAGAGCCUGGGAAAAGGGCGAGGUCCUGAUGUUCUUCUGUGAUGUUGAUGUUUAUUUCACAGCCGAAUUCCUCAACAGCUGCCGCUUGAAUGCUGAGCCCGGGAAAAAAGUUUUCUAUCCUGUGGUAUUCAGCCUUUACAAUCCUGCUAUUGUCUAUGCCAAUCAAGAUGUACCACCUCCUGUGGAGCAGCAAUUGGUACACAAGAAGGAUUCUGGUUUCUGGAGGGAUUUUGGCUUUGGGAUGACUUGUCAAUAUCGGACAGACUUUCUGACUGUUGGGGGUUUUGACUUGGAAGUGAAAGGCUGGGGCGGCGAGGAUGUUCACCUCUACAGGAAGUACUUGCACGGCGAGCUGAUGGUGAUCAGGACGCCGGUGCCCGGGCUGUUCCACCUGUGGCACGAGAAGCACUGUGCGGACGAGCUGACCCCCGAGCAGUACCGCAUGUGCAUCCAGUCCAAGGCCAUGAACGAGGCGUCGCACUCGCACCUGGGCAUGCUGGUGUUCCGCGACGAGAUCGAGGCGCACCUCCGCAAGCAGGCCUACAGGACUAACAGCGAGGCCGUGGGCUGAGGGCCCCCCGGGCCGCCCGGUGACUUCCAAUUCACACUGAACCAGCAGCAUUCUACAGCCUUAAUUCAGCUUACAAAUGCAGUGCCUCUCUUUUUCAGUGAAGAAGAGUUUAGAGGGUUUUUGGUUCUCGUGUUUGUUUUCCGAGUAAUCCUUUGACUGAUGGGCUCUUGCCAACAUGUCGUGUGAGUUCAAGCACCUCAGCUAAAUUGGAUGGCAUAUGUAGUUCAAGGAAAGUGUCUUCAGUAUCGACUGGAAAAAUCUGUGGAAUGUACAAUUCAACACUUAUCCAUGUGGUACAUUUCUGUUCUGAUAUUUGCAUUCUUUUGAGAAUUAAAUGAAAAAAAUCUU